UAUAAGUAUCUGAAAAGAAAGAAAAAAAUGAACUAUCUUUUAGUUUUUCUAAUUGUUUGUGGCCAAUGCAUGAUUGGUAAUGUAUCCGGUCUAACAAAUGAUAUCCAUAUCUGGAACGAUCUCGAUCCCAAGCACAAGCACACAACCCUCUUUGUGCAUUGUAAAUCUGGAAGUCAGGACCAAGGACCAAAAUAUAUACCGUGGGGAAAAGUACACCAUUUUGGUGUCGAACAAAAUUGGCGUCGCUCGAAACUUUAUUGGUGUACUUUAAGACAUGGGCCUAACUAUAGGCUUGGAAAUAAAUUUGAUGUGUAUAAAUACCAAGAUGGUGUGCCUAACGGACACACAUAUGAUUGGAUAGCUAGAGAAGAUGGAGUUUAUUUCAGGAGAGAGAAUGGUCCGAUCCGUAAGGUGCAUAAUUGGAGGCCAAUGUAACAGUAAUAACUGUUAUAUUGGUAUUGGUCUACUAGAGCAACCGUAAAUUAAAGCCUAUAUAAGAUGUGAACAAAAUAAAUAUUCUUUCAAUCUCUAACAUUAUUGUUAUUACGUUGUUUAUGCAAAAUUUCAGUUUUACCUUUUAUUUCUUUAACUUUUUACAUAUAUAUUUACUCAGUUCAAAAGGUAUAUAAUG